AUGCUGCUGGUCAAGAACCACGAGGCCGUCCAGUGGGUCUUCGGCCUCGCUACGCUGCGGUACCACGGCGGCGCGCGGCACAUCACGCCCAGGUCCAUGUCCACGAGGCCGACGUCAGAGAAGGCGAACGUGUUCGGCUCUGGGAUCCUGCUGCUGUCGCUCGUCACGGCACAGCUCGCGUUCGAGCUCGAUCAAUGCCACGGCUUGAGGACAAGCCGCAUUUCAAGCGGUGGGGAAUGUUAG